AUGUACCAAUCUGGAGAGCCCUUCCCAUGUGACACGGGUGGGGACGCGCAAAGGUUGGAUGCAGAAGGUGCCCCUGACCCCGAUGCCAACCUGGUGCAGCCCCAACAGCCCACCUCCCUGGCCCAGCAACUCUUGCUCCCUCACCCACAUGUCCCUGAGCACCUGGGUGCCGGCACGGGUCUUGGCCAGACCCUUGAGCGCCUGCGGGGACAAGACAAAGACAAUUCUGGUGCCACAGUCCUGCACCUGGCUGCCCGCUUCGGCCACCCCGAGGUGGUGGACUGGCUGCUGCGUCACGGCGGUGGGGACCCCACCGCAGCCACAGACACGGGCGCCCUGCCCAUCCACUACGCCGCCGCCAAAGGAGACUUCCCCUCCCUGAGGCUUCUCAUCGGGCACCACCCUGAGGGAGUGAAUGCCCAAACCAAGAACGGUGCCACGCCCCUGUACCUGGCGUGCCAGGAGGGCCACCUGGAGGUGACGCACCACUGCACCCGCUACCUGCGCACCGUGGAGAACCUGGUACGCCUGGCCGGGGGUUUGUUCACCCUUUUAGCACCGAGGAAGCUGGAGUGCAAGCACGCGGGAUACACGCCCGCCGACCUCUCAGACUACAAUGGCCACAGCCACUGCACCCGCUACCUGCGCACCGUGGAGAACCUGAGCUUGGAGCACCGCGUGCUGUCGCGGGACCCGUCCGCCGAGCUCGAGACCAAGCAGCCCGACUCGGGCAUGUCCUCGCCCAACACCACCGUGUCCGUCCAGCCACUGAACUUCGACCUCAGCUCGCCCACCAGCACCCUCUCCAACUACGACUCCUGCUCAUCCAGCCAGUCCAGUAUCAAGGGCCGGCGCCUCCCGCACGGGCUUCCGAGAGCCAGAGCCGCAGAGAUACAGAGCUACGUGGACAUGCUGAGCCCGGAGCUGAGCCUGGCCCAGGGCAAGAUGGAGAAAACCACACCGCCGCCGGCACCCAGCUUCCCGCCACCACCCCCGCCCCCAGACUCCCAGCUGCCCCCUCUCCCACUGGGCUACCCGGCCCCCAAGCCCCCCGCAGGGCUGCAGGCAGCUGACAUCUACAUGCAGACCAAGAGCAAGCUCCGCCAUGUGGAGACCACGGGCUUCCGGAAGGAGGUAGUGAGCCUUCGCCCACCGCCUGCCUCUCAGCGUCCGGGCUGGUGGGGGUCAUGGAGGCCAAGGACUGCCGGGCUCCUGGGCACCCGACAGGAGUCCCUGGGCCAGUGGCCUGUUCAAGAGUCCAUAUUCCUGGCAGCCCCGCGGGGGCUCAGGGCUGGGCACUGGGGAGAGGGAGAUGGGGCUGGGGCCCCGGCAAAGCUGGCCACUGAGCAGAACACCCUUGUGGACCCAGGGCAGCCCCAGCCAGGGUCCGAUGGGCUUCAAAGCUCUCCUCCCCUCACCCCUCCUCUGCACAUCUCCCUUCCCAGCUCCUGCCCACCCCUCUCCCCCUCUCGCUGUCCCUGCUCUCCCAGCCUCACCCCAGCCCCUCCCUCUUCUAACUCCACUGUCACUUCUCUCCUCUCGGCUCUAGAAGUGAGAGUCCUGAGGCACAGGAAGAGCACCAAGUCUUUCAACAUGAUGACCCCGACCGGUGACAACGCGGAGCUGCUGGCUGAGAUCAAGGCUGGCAAGAGCCUGAAGCCCACGCCUCAGAGCAAGGGUCUGACCACCGUGUUCUCCGGCAGCGGGCAGCUGGCUUCCCAGGUAGGUCCGUGGUCCGAAGGGGCCCCGCACCCGGCUCCCCGCGCCCCUGCCCGUGCUCAGCCCCGCCACUUCUCUCCAUAGCCUGACGCGCAGCUGCCGCCAGUGCCGCCCGCCACCCCCGCGCCAGGGGUGCAGCUGGACGUGGAAGCGCUCAUCCCCACGCACGAUGAGCAGGGCCGGCCCAUCCCCGAGUGGAAGCGCCAGGUGAUGGUCCGCAAGAUGCAGCUGAAGAUGCAAGAGGAGGAGGAGCAGAGGCGGAAGGAGGAGGAAGAGGAGGCCCGGCUGGCCAGCAUGCCUGCCUGGAGGCGGGACCUUCUUCGGAAGAAGCUAGAAGAGGAGAGGGAGCAGAAGCGAAAAGAGGAGGAGCGACAGAAGCAGGAGGAGCUGCAGCGGGAAAGGGAGCAGUCGGAGAAGCUGCGGACGCUGGGCUACGACGAGACCAAGCUGGCGCCCUGGCAACGACAGAUCAUCCUGAAGAAGGGGGACAUCGCUAAGUACUAGA